AUGAAGCUUCGAGUCAGUACCGCGGGUGCCCUUGUUUGUGCAUUGGGGGCAUGCAGGACAUCAGCCCAAUGCAACGGCACCUUCAACGCCCUCUCGGCCGCCGACUUCCUCAAGGCCGCGAACCCAGCCUGGAAUCUUGGCAACACCCUCGACGCCAUCCCCGACGAGGGGUCUUGGAACAAUCCUAAAGUCGUUGCGGCGACGUUUGACCAUGUCAAGGCCGCCGGCUUCAACAGCGUCCGCAUCCCCGUGACCUACACCCACCACUUCGCGAGCGAGGCGCCCGAUUAUCAAGUCGACUCGGCCUGGCUGCAGCGCGUGUCCGACGUGAUCGACUUCGCCCUCGAGAGGGACCUGCUCGUCGUGACCAACGUCCACCACGACUCGUGGGAAUGGGCCGACGUGAGCAAGUCCGGCGCCGACAUCACGGCAAUCCAGGCCAAGCUCCGCGCCCUGUGGACGCAGAUCGGCACCAAGCUGGCCUGCAAGCCGUCCACCGUCGCCUUCGAGAGCAUCAACGAGCCCCCCGCGGCGACGGCGGAGGACGGCGCGCAGGUCAACGAGCUCAACCGCGUCUUCCUCGAGGCCAUUGCCGAGACGGGCGACUGGAACACGCAGCGCGUCGUGACCCUCGCUGGGGGCAACAACGACGCCACCAAGACGUCGCAGUGGUUCAAGCCGCCCGCCGAGGUCAAGAACCCCUGGGCGCUGCAGAUCCACUACUACAGCCCGUACGACUUUGCCUUUUCCGCGUGGGGGAAGACCAUCUGGGGCUCGGAUGCUGACAAGGCGACUAUGGAUGGCGAGCUGGGCCUCGUCAGUGGUAACUUCAGCGGUGUGCCCAUCUACGUGGGCGAGUUUGAUGCCACGCCGCGUAGCACGGAGAGCGCGGCGAGGUGGAAGUGGUACGACCACUUUGUGAGCGCGGCGACUAAGAUUGGCGCCACCGUGGCCGUAUGGGAUAACGGCCUUGACCAUCUUAACCGCGAGACGGGCGAGUUCCGCGAUCCCACAGUCGUGAGCAUCAUCAAUAGCUCUACGGCCGGGGUUUCCAACUCUCUUGCUGAUAGCACGGUGGAUGGGUCGGCUACUGAGCAGUCCACCUCCGCAUUCCUCUUCCACCGUGUCGGUGAGGCAGUCAGCGACCAGGAGCUGCCGUUCAUCUUCAACGGGAACACGCUCGUUGCCAUCACCACCGCUGACGGGAAAGAGCUCACCGCAAGCGAUUAUACAGCGGGAUCGUCAUCUAUCACCUUCAAGUCCAGCAUCAUCUCAUCGUACAUCGACGCGUCAUCCGCGGCUGGUGUCAAGGAAACCUUCACGCUCCAUUUCUCUGCCGGCGCGUCGUCCGUCGUCACGCUCGUCCAGUGGGACGUCCCAGUCCUGGGCGCGACCAGCAGCAAAGCGGUGGCCGGCUCCGACCUCAGUAUCCCAGUGGAGUGGAAGGGCCUGGAGCGCCUCGCAACUGUCAAGAUGCUGGCCGAAGAUGGCACGUACCUCGUCGAUGACUGGACCCAGUACUUGGGGCCGCUGCAGCAAGCCCGUGGUACUUGGGAGGGACAAUGGAGCUUCGAAGGCGGCAAUGUGAUCAUUAAGUCGGCGGCCAUUGACCUCGUGAUUUCUCUUGCCAAGCCCGUCACUUUUACCUUUGAAUUCUACCCGCGUGUGGCGGGCAACGUGGCCGAAUAUGUGCUCAGUCCAUGA